AUGGACGGGUGGGACGGAGGACGUGGGCGGCGCGGCCGCGGGCGCCGCGGCGGACGCAACUUUUCUGCACCCGCCUACACGCCGACGCCGGAAGAGCAGGCGCGCUGGCACCGCGAGUCGACUAUGCGCCAGAUCCAGCACUCGCUCUUUCAGCUCGGCGACGGCGAGGUGUUUGAGCCAGCGCACGAACUGCCGCGCGCCGCGGCGUGGCUAGAGGGGCAGGCGGUCGAGUUUCCCGAUGCGAUCUUUGCCGCGUUCCGUGUGAUGACGACCGAGCAGCCGCACAAGGCGCCGCUCAUUGCGGCGCUCGUCGGCCAGCUUGCGCUUGCGCCCGGCGCGCUCGACGGCACGGCGACGCUCGGCGCGCGGAUUCUCAACGACCUGCUGCACGCGUACGAGGACUACUGCGCGGGCCACUACUGGCGCAACAUUCGCCUCGUCCUGUGCUUCUUCUCCGCGCUCCUGCCGCUCGGCCUCGUGUCGGCGGCGUCGAUGCGCGACGCACUCCGGGCGCUCACCGACGGCCUCGCAACGCUCCCGCGCGAUGCCGCCGACGGGUGCGCGUUUGCAGUGAUCGAGACGCUGUGCCGCGCAGGCACCAACCUCUUGCAGGCGGACGACCAUGCGUCGCCCAAGGCCGAGCUCGACGAGCUCGUAGACAGCGUGCGUGCCUAUGCGGAAAAGCGCACGUCGUACGCGGCGCUCUACUCGCCGCUGCACCUCGACCGCGUCCCGGAGGAGUACGCGUACCUCUCCGACGAGGGCUUUGCGCAAAAGGUGCAGGCGCUCGAGGCGCUGCAAGCGCGGGGCUACCGCGCCCCUGCGAUGCUCGCCUCGCCUUUGGACCUGCUCCCGACGACCGUGUCGCCGCUCACGACGCACGUCCCGCUCGAGCAGCGCCUCGCGCAUGUGCCGGCGGUGCCGAUUCCUGCCGAGCGCCGCGCCGCGCUCGACUUGGAGCGCGAGAUGGAGUACAGCGGGCCGGAUACCGGCAAGGGCGGCGCCGAGGCGCGGCACGCACGCACCGGCCCUGCCCAGCGCCGCAUGGCGCGCUGGUUCGGCGCGACGGUGCCCGCGCCCGGCACGCCCGCGGCGCUCGUCGUGCGCACGCUCGCCGAAGACAUUGUCGACCUCUACGUCGUGAACCGCAAAGAGUGCGCACAGACGCUUCUUGCGCUGCCACUGUGGCUGCGCCGCGGCACGUUUGGCGGCAAGGUCCCCCCAUCGAAAGGGCUCUUUGGCGACGAGGAGCCGUGGCACACGUCGGCCUCGGGCGACGGGCCGCCCGAAGGGCCGUGGAGCCUCGAGGACCUGAUUGUCGAGACGGUCCUUGCGUCGCUGCUUGCGCUCCCCUCGCCGCCGCAGAACGAGCUGUACUAUGCGUCGCUUCUGCGCGAGGUCGUCGGCGCGGCACCGCAGCAGAUUGCGCCGUCGCUCGGGCGCACUGUCCGCCGCUUCUACACGGCGAGCGCCGCGGGGUGCGUGCGUGCCGAGACGCUGCGCCGCCUCGCCAACUGGUUCAGCGUGCACCUGUCCAACUUUAACUUUACCUGGGCAUGGUCCGAGUGGGUGUCCGACGCCGAGCUCCCGUGGCCGCACGCGCGCCGUGCGUUUGCGCGCCGCCUCGCGGAGCUCGAGGUGCGCCUCGCGUACUACGACCGGAUCAAGAGCACGGUGCCCGAGGCGCUGCAGCCCUCGCUCCUUCCCCCGGAGGAGCCCGCGCCGGUGUUUACGUAUGCCGCGCCGUCGCAUCCCUACCACGGCCGUGCGAUGCAGCUGCUCAACUCGCUCAAGGCCAAGGCCAGCGUGCAGGUGAUCCAGGCGGACCUGUCGAGCUUUGAGCAGAGCAUUCUUGCGCCCGCGAACGACGUGCCGGAUGUCGACGACGACGAGAACGGGAUGGUGACGAGCGCCGCGCUCGCCGAGCAGAUCGUGCGCGACAUGGCCAUGCAGACGCUCCUGCAUGCGGGCAGCCGCAGCUUUUCGCACCUGCUCAACAUGAUCGAGCGGUACCACGACCUGCUGCGCUCGCUCUCGCAGACGCCGCAGGCGCGUGUCGAGAUGCUGGGGAGCACGGUGCGCUUCUGGGCGCGCUCGCCGCAGUGGGUGCUCAUUGUCAUUGACAAGCUCCUGCAGUACCGCAUCGUGGAGCCGGUCGACGUCGUGUCGUUUGUCUUUACGCCGCCGGCCGACACGAGCCGCCUGCUGGUGCAGGGCAGCGGCGACCAGGUCCCCUUCUCCUUCUCGGCCAGCGCGCAGGAGCUGGGCGGGACGCUGCGCGACUGGAGCUCGUUCAACUGGUGGGCGGUGCUGUGCCUGACCGUCGAAAAGGUCGUCGGGCGCGUCGACCAGCUCACGCGCCGCCUCGACGAGCUCCUGCACGCCGAGGCGCAGGGCGAUGCGCCGGCCGACGACCACCUUCCCGCACGCCCGGGCACGCUGCCGACAAACUCGACGACGAGCGACGAGGCCAAGGUCCACCUCGACGCCAUCCAGCUCGAGCAGCGCCGCGUCCUCGUCACGGUCGUGCAGCAGUUUGUGCAGCUCAUCAACAGCGUCCACGCAUGGGACGCCCAGCCCAACGCGGAGGACGCGAGCGCGGCGACGUGGCAGGCGUGGUGGAUCCGCGAGUGGUACUGCGAGUUCCUCGCGCUCUACCGCGAGGUCCUCGCGGCGAACCGCGAGACGAUCCUCGCCAACGUCUUUGCCGCGGCCAAGGAGGACGACCGCGCGCUGCGCCUGUUUGAUGAGGCGUGUGGAUAG